UUAGAAAAUAUCGCCAGAUUAUAGGACUUCAAAUUAACUUUUCAUCCCUCAAAUCAUUUAUUUAUCUAAAGUGCAUCUGAGGAGCGGCUGCAUUGUCUGUACACGGCCACCUGACCAUGUGCCUCCUCCGGUGAUGAGCAGUGGUGUGGUCCACGGGGAGAUCAUCAUCAUCAUCCUCGUCACUUUAAAACGCACCAGAGACUUGGCACAAAAGAAGCGCUCGCGGGCGCGCGAGCACAUAGUCAGGGACUGUCUCUUAUUACACCAAAGAGAGGAGGAGGCGGGGGGCAACCACGUUUUGCACCUUGCAGCGUUUGUCUGGAGAAGAUUCACCACAAGUCAGAAAGAAAAACAUGGAAUUUGAGUUGUUGUUGAAACUUACUUUUUAGCUGCACCUUGUGAUGCGACCCCUUUGUUUUUCGACCGGAGGGGGAAUAACGGUCCGGUGAGCUGGAUGCGGUCAUUACGCACUGGAGCUGUGCAACACUCUUAAUGUUUUUGACAACACACCGGGACUUUGGAGGCACCUCUUCUUCCUCUAUUUCCUCUAUUUUGGUCUGAACAGUCACAUGACGCAAAGUUUUUUUCCUGGACUCCAGGUUUUUGUGCUGCCUGCCCGAGUGGAGUGGAGUCGCGUGUUUAAUUCGGUGAUAAACUGGAAACAAUGAACGUCUCCUUCUUCGACGUGACCCUGCAGGGCGCGCUGCUCAACGGGAGCCAGACGCUCGCCGGAACUCUGGCCACGUUCUCCGGCAACGGCACCGGCAGCGUGGUGGCCGGCGACGGCGGGGGCUCCCAUGUGACGGCGGAGGAGCGCAAGCUUCUCGUGAUGCGCGUGGUGCAGAUCGCGGUGCUGUGCGUGCUGUCGCUCACCGUCAUGUUCGGCAUCUUCUUCCUCGGGUGCAACCUGAUGAUCAAGUCGGAGAGCAUGAUCAACUUCCUGGUGAAGGAGCGCAGACCCUCCAAAGACGUGGAUACGGUCAUGAUCGGGCUCAGCUAGAACAGGGAGAGCAGGUAUACAGAGAGGGUGGGAUCCCGGUAUAUGAGGAGCUGGUGCGCAUUUCCAACCGCAGGUUCAAGAUCUGCAUGUUGCAUGUACUACUUCAUAGACGUUCUCUCUGUGUCCCGGUGAGGAGAAAUAUGCAAAAAGUUCACUUUUGCUUCCGAGAAUGACCAACAUGGGAACAGGUCCGGCGACCGGUGUUCGUGCGUAAAGUCUGUGCGUAAAAAGAGCAGCAGGCGACUUGUUUACACGUGGGCCGAUCUGUUGAAUCUAUAGGAGUGAGUUUAAAUAUUGCCAACUUGAACAAAUGUUUACAAGCCGUUACCUCAUUUUUUUUCUUCUUUUGGUGCAGUUAUUUUUUCCUUUUGUUUUUGUCAAAUUUGAAAUGAUUGUGAAUGAAUGUUUAUUUUUGACAUUGUCCAAAGCAUGAUUGUGAAUUCUUUAUAGUUCCACGCGUCUUGCCAGUGUACACACUCCGUGGACUUUGAUGGACAUGUGGGGUGAUGAUCUCUGUACAAAGAGUAUUUUUCUCUUGGUCUCGUUUUGGGUAAAUUCGGUCUGAAUACUGACUGAAAUCUUCUUGCACGUUUUUUAGCAGAUUCCGUCACAGCUUUAUGGAGUGAUUCUGGUCCUUCUUGGCAUGCUCGCUAUAUUUGAUCUGUAAAGUGAUUUUUGACUAGUUUUUUGCACUUUGGAAAUCACUGAUGCUGCAUGAAAUAUUUUGUACCAAAAAAAACAACAACUUAAAAUUGCAGCAUGCAAUUAAAACCCUGAAAUGA